CUCCGCAUUCCACAGAUGUAUCCAUGGCAACAGCUUGUAGUGUUGAUAAUUCCAAGAUGGCGGACGGAUCCGUGGCCACAGAGCUCCCAGUUGCUAUUGACACCAAGAAACGCCGAGCACCUAAAGGCACCUGGCUUGCAAGAGACAUUGUUGCCCUGGCAACAGGGAGGAUAUCUCGACUUGCUGAGACAUUAAAAGAAAAGACCAAAAAUAAAAGCAGUGUUUCUCCAGAGCUUCCCAUUGUGGAGAGGAGAAACUGGCUAAUCCACCAGCACUAUAUCCGCAAAGACUAUGACACCUGUAAGGUAAUCAUCAAAGAGCAACUGCAGGAGACUAAUGGAAUGUGUGAAUAUGCCAUAUAUGUUCAAGCACUAAUCUUGCGGCUUGAGGGCAAGAUCCAACAGUCCCUGGAGCUAUUUCAGAGCUGUGCUAUCCUUAAUCCCAGCAGUGCUGACAAUCUCAAGCAAGUGGCCAGAUCACUAUUUCUCCUGGGAAAGCACAAAGCAGCUAUUGAAUUCUACCAUGAAGCUGCAAGGCUCUGUGAGAAAGACUGGGAGAUCAGUCAUAAUCUGGGACUGUGCUAUUUCUUCAUCAAAGACUUCAAACACGCUGAAGAGCAUCUAAACAUAGCUCUUCAAAUAAAUAAACAUGACAAGACUUUCAUGAUGCUUGGGAAGGUUCAUUUGCUGGCUGGAGAAACUGACAAAGCCAUCGAGGUGUAUAAGAGGGCAGUGGAAUUCUCUCCAGAGAAUACUGAACUGCUCACUACUCUUGGCCUGCUCUUUUUACAGCUUGGGAAAUACCAAAAAGCAUUCGAGCACCUUGGAAAUGCCCUCACUUUCGACCCCAACAAUUAUAAGGCCAUCCUGGCUGCAGGCAGCAUGAUGCAGACCCACGGUGACUUUGAUGUAGCCAUGAACAAGUACCGAGUGGCAGCGUGCGCUGUGCCCGAGAGCCCCCCUCUCUGGAACAACAUCGGAAUGUGCUUCUUUGGCAAAAAGAAAUAUGUAGCUGCCAUCAGCUGCCUGAAGCGGGCCCACUACUUGUCUCCUUUUGACUGGAAAGUGUUGUACAACCUGGGUCUAGUACACUUGACCAUGCAGCAAUAUGCUUCUGCCUUCCACUUCCUCAGCGCAGCCAUCAAUUUGAACCCACGAAUGGGGGAACUCUACAUGUUACUGGCAGUGGCUCUAACCAACUUGGAGGAUGUGGAGAAUGCCAGCAGGGCAUAUGAACAAGCUGUGGCUCUGGACGACAGGUCCAACCCUUUGGUAAACCUGAACUUUGCAAUUUUCCUCUAUAAUCACAGUGACAAGAAGGGAGCUCUGGAUCAGUAUCAAGAGAUGGAAAGGAAGGUCAACCUACUUCGAGACGGCUGUACCAACUUUGAAUUUGACCCUGAGCUGAUGGACAUGGCUCAGAAGAUGGGAGCUGCCCUACAGGUGUCAGAGAAUCUGGUGUGGACUAAACCAGGCAAAGACUCCAAAUCCAAACCAAACUCAGCAGCAGCCAUCAAACCCCCGGGUGCUCCCCUCGGGACUAACCAAGCCCUGGGUCAGGCCAUGUCUUCUGCUGCAAGCUACAACAAGAACAUCCAGUUACCAACAGGAGUUUCCAAAGGCCCCACCAUGCCCUUUGAGCCAGAACCUGAUGUGCAGAAAGCCCCGAGCCUGCCCAUUGAUCCUCCAGGCCCCACAGAGCUGGCACAGUCAGAUAACCCCAAACCCAGAACCUCCAAGAGAAGAACUAAGGUUGAGGACUGAAUCGGCUUGGCUGUCUUUGUCAUUAGGUCACUCCCAUGUCAUGGCGGGAAAUUAAGGUUCUUAAACAGCAACCUAGAGGUUUGUGGUUUUCCAGCUCAUUGUAGUUAAACAUGAAGCUUUGAGUGAUAGUUUUCUGGUUUAGGUGCGCAGACAUUUUGUGUCCUAUACAAUAAUUUACUUUGUGUUAAAAAGGACAAGGUCAAUGUACAUUUUUGCCAUGCCAUUUAUUUCAAGAAUAUUCGGUGCCACUACAUCACUUGCCACUUUUAAAACCAACUCCUGAGUAAACCAGGUGUUUCUUGUAAAUUUGUGUAGUCGUGGCAGGUUUGGUGCACAUGUCAAAACCAAUUCAAUAGAUGUUGCACUUUACAAAUGUCUUUAUUCAAUUAAAUGGUAGUAUGGGCAUUUGCGGAGUUGCAAGGUUUGAUAUUUGUAAGUGCUUAGCAACAAGGUUAAAUGAUGAAUUAUCCUUGGUUUGACAUUUCUGGGGAAUGUCUAAGUCCUUUAUCUGUUGGAGGAGAUGCUGUGACAAUCGCUGUGGAAAUCUGAAUACAUCAAGGCAUGUUUUUGAAUAGGUACAGGAUUAUACUUGUUUGUAUGAUAGGACUCCUUUUGAGGAUUGAGUGUAAAUAGUUAACAUGCUUUUAUAUGAGGAAAGUGCUAUGUUUAGAGACAGUAAUGUAUUUAAUAAUAAAUAAGACACUUUAAAUAAAAUAG